CAGAUUCACAUUUCCUGAACAUUUCUUCAGUAGUUGUUGCUUGAUAGAGCUGCAGACUGGCAGUGCCAACUUCUAACUAAAAAAGAGACAGCUAAUAGGGGAACAGGGACUCCCUUGAGAAAAGUCCCUACAGAUGGAGGAGGGAGCAGGAGACCUCCACAGCGCUGCUGGAUCCCAGCAAGUGGAGGAUGUUGCAAUCAAAAGAAGCAGAAAAAUAAAUAAGGAACAAGGACCAGGCAAUUCGACCAGGAAGGCCAAAGGCAACGAGAGGAGGAGAAAGAAAAAUCAGAAAAGAGCAGAAAGAAAGAGCGUCUCAAGCGUAAAGUCAGAUGCAGAUGUUGAAAAUAAAGACACAGAAAAAGGUGGGAGUGAAGUCAUGGAGACCACAAGCAGCCAAACUGAGAGUGUGCCAGUAGAAGCACAACAUGAGGAUCCCCAAGCAGAAGACGACGUGCAAACUGUGGACGAACAACGCCACGAACCUGCUAAGAUGGUGCAAGCUCACACUCAAACGAGGAAACAUAAAGGCACAAACAAAUUUACACAAACUCCAGUUGUUUUUCAGAGCAACCAGGAAACGCAGACAGACUUCUCUGGUUCAAAAAAAGAAGACACAAAUGAUGAAAAGACUCAAUCUGAGACAAAGAACGCUGCUGAGGCGCAGCUAAAACAAGACGAAUGCCCCGACAAUGAGAGGGCGUCUUCAGAGUCUGCCAAGAAGCAAAACCCUGAGAAAGAGUCAAAGUCUAAAGAGGAGAACCCCUCGGCAGGAGCCUCAGGUGAUCCUGCAGGUGCCAAAACAAAGUCUUACGCCAAAGUUGUGUCUGGAGAGGGCGGGAGUCAGAAGCAGUCCGACGUGGAAGCUUCCAAAGCAGCAGAUAAAAACACAAAAACAGCCCAAAGCACGCGUGAUCGAAGCCCAGUGAGAUAUCCACCUGCUGCCCCCGUGUUCACCGUUCACAUCUAUGCUGUGCUGGACAAAAAGUUUAAAUUCAACCAAGAAUGUGACACACUUCUGCUUUGUUACGACGAGGGCAAUUCACCCUUUAAGAUGACGCAUUUUGUUGGACUACCACGGGAAGGAUAUCUGGUCGAAGCAAGUCUUUCCGUGGAAGAAAGUAACUUGAAGAGAGGCGUCUGGUGGACAUAUUGGUAUGGUGUAAAGCAACGAACGAAAGAAAUUACAGGAUUUGCUGUAAGACACAUUCAAAUUCCCAUGGACUCAAACGUUAAAGAGUUGCACCUUUAUGAAGGCUUCAUUUCUCGUCAUGACCAGCAAAGAUUCUGGCAAUCUGGCCUUCACCUGCUCGGCUGGAAAUCAAAAAGUGUUGAGGUAUCAGAUGCCUGGCGGGCCUCAGCGAGGACUCUGCUGAACAGAAUCUUCCAGAAAUGGUCCCCGUCAGACAAGCAGAGCACUGAGAGCUUGUGCGACAGCUUGUUACAUUUUAUGGGGAGUCUCGGCUCCGCACAUACGAGGAUGAAUUUCCCUGACAAUUCACAACCUCCUGUGAUCAUGACAGCCGAGCUGAUCACAGAGACUUUGGUUCAGAUUUUAAAAGGAGAGCCGAAGGAGAAACUCCCAGACAGCUGGAGGAGCACCAGCCCUCUCAUUCAGGGAAUGUCUGUGUUCAUGGUUACUAGAAAGUUAAACAUCAACCUUGGAGCGAAAGCCUUGGCUGAGCUGUGUCUCCUCGUGUCCUCAGAGAAUGCGACGGAUAAGAAAAACCUGGACUUGUUUCUCAGUUAUAUCCAAAAUCCUCAAUUUGUUGUGUUGGGUCUGAUAAACCACUGUGCGCAGAACAGAGUGUCCGAGCUCGUGCUGCUCGUUCCCCUGCUCUUCAGGCUCAGACAGCCGGGAGCACACGCAACAAAAGUGGGUCCAUCUGUGGAGGAGGAGGACUGGUCAGGAAUUGAAAGGGUCCAUUUCACAUGCUUCAGGGAGAGUAUACAGUCCCACCCUGACAAAAGAAAGACAAUGCUGAGUUUGAUCAAGACACGCUUAAAUAUGGCUAAAGAGAUGCCUCUGCUCCUGGUGAGCUGGUCAUCUCUGGUCGCAUUUGAGGAUCUUACUGAAUUUUCUGAGCUGACGGGAAUACCUGCAGAACACCUGAUCCAGAGUCUGUUGUACAGACUGCAAAGAUGUGUCCUGUCAAGGGACAACAACAGAGACGAGCAUGUGAAGCACACUCAGAGAACCUUGAACCAUAUACUGCUGAAAGUAGGCAAAGAGAAGGACAGAAUGCUUGAAGGUGGUAACAUCGAGCCAGCCUUCCUGAGCAGCAUCAGUGUGAUGUGGAACACAUGUGAAAUUGUGAGACUCGUCCAGUGCUACCCAGCUGCAGUCCUGUCCUACCAGCUAGUGUCCAAAUUGGCAGAGAUGUUGGAUGCCAAACUGAAGAAAGAGUCCUCAGACGAUGAGUUUGAGAAGUUUAAGAAGAAACUACAUGACGUGCAGCAGCGAGUCAGUGAGUGGAGAGAUGAAUUGCUGCAAAAACCCCUGAUGACACCAUCAAAAUCACUCACCUAUCCAAAGGAAAUUGAGAUGUGGGACUCGCUGCUGAAGGUGGAAUGCUCUAUUGAAGAAGUUUCAUCCCGUUGGAGGCUGAGCCUGAAGAAAGACCUGAAGAAGAGGGUUUCCAAGGCAAGUGAUGAGGAUAAAGUCCUGUUCUGCUGCCUUGAGUCAUCCUUGGCAGCUAUAAGAAAAAGUGACGAUGACAUACAGACAUGUUUCGACGAGCUGUGUCAGUCUGCUAUCAAGGCAAUCUGCCAGAGAGAGAAGGAGGGAGACCUGAUGAGUCUCAGCUCUAAGAUGAAGGUGAACCUCCCUCAGGAUGUCUUGUCUGCUGUUGUGGUUGAAUCAGCAGCACGAUUCAGAGACGACUCUGUAGUCCAGCUGCUCCAUCCACAGUCUGCCAUGAACCACCUGCUGACUCACAGUGACUGGAAGUUGAUCCGGGUGGAUGAUGCUGCAGGGCAGGUUGUCCACAGCUGUCUGACUGCACUUCAUUCUCUGGUGGAGUCGCUGCUUCAGGGACACGUGUCUCUGGGACACCUACAGACAUGCCUGAAAUAUAAGGAGCAGUUUAAGAGACUUCAUCAGCAGUACAAGAAAAACAAUUCUGAGAGCGUUCCUGUCAGUGCAGAUGUUGUUUUGGCUCAGAGAGAGCAGGAUUUGAACUGUUUCAAUCAGCGGAAACAGCAGAUGGAUACACUGUUAAAGAUGAUAGCAAAGGUUGCAGAAAGCAUCACGGUUCCUGAGAUGUCGACUAUCGAGAUGCAGCACAGUGCAGACCUCCAGACUGUGAGCCUGAACAAACUGGUGCUAGUUCAGUCCUUUGAUGCUGAGGGGAAGCUGGGGCACACGGGCCCUUCCCAGGUCCUCUGGUAUAGGGCCAGUCUGAAUGUCUUGACAAUGUCCAGUGACAUGCACAAACUGCAUCACAGCAACCUGAUUCUGUCCUACUGGGUCAAGAAGGCUGCAGCUUUGGCGUCAGCGAUGCAACCCUGCUCAGCUCCUGUUGCAGUCACCUGCAACCUGUCACAGAUCUACGAUAACAUCUGGAAGCCGCUGAUGACGGAGUUCGGUCAGCUUGCUGUGAGCAUGGCAAAUAAAAGCAUCACGUUCAAGCAGCUCAAUCAGGUUCUGGAGGAGUCUGGUGACCAGGGUGACGGGAAACUGAUGAAGAAGGAGCUGAGUCUGAUGUCCGAGACAGUUUGUAAGUUAUUGAGUCCUGAGGAGAACUGGGUGGAGCUGAGACUCCAUCAGAUCCAGGAGUAUCGACAGCUCCAGGAGGCAGCGGCUGCAGCAAGUGCGAUACUGAAAAUUGCUGAUAAAAUGGAGCUUUCUGGGAACUUCACAGACAUCUACACUCUCAGCCAACUGGAAAAAGACACAUUUAAGCAGAGGGCCCUGGGGUCCCUUACUGAUGACCUCUUACGUGCCAAACAGCAACUCUCCACAGUCACCGAGCAGCACACUACCUGUCUAGAAGAGUUUCUAGCGAGCCAGACACUGGUCAGCUGGGUCAAAGAGAACCUUAAAAAUAUGAGCGAGGUUAAGGUGUAUGUCGACCUGGCUUCCAUAUCUGCUGGAGAGAAUGACACAGAGAUCGACCAGGUGGCCUGUUUCCACGAUGCAGUGAUGGGUUACGCCCCUCUGCUCUACUCCCUCAACCCUGAAGCUGGCUUUGAGGAGUUCCUAAAGUGUGCUCAGCAGGUGUGGGACACCCAAAAUAGAGAUGAGAAGCUACCGGACAAAUUGAGAGAGUCUACUCGCUUGCUGGACUGGCUGAAAGCACUGAAGGAGACUCACGGCUCCGUGGAGCAGUCCUCUCUCUCCCUGGCCACUUCGAUUAAUGAUGCUGGAGUUUACCACAUAGGAUGGUCUGAUGAAAACACAGAGAAGAGAUGUCUACAAAACAUGAUACAGGUCACAGUGAAAAAGGGCACAGAGCGGAAGAGCUACAAGCUGGAAGACCUGCUGGAGCUACAAAACAAACUCAUGCUCAUGUCUUCCAAAGGGGAGCACGGCAGAGAGCAAGUCAACAGAUUCACAGAGGUUUUUGAAGGCGUUCAGAGACUGGGAACCAUCCUCCUUCAGAUGCAAACAUCCGGCAACAUGCUCUUCAGGGAAUGGCAUGCUGAGGUCCAGUGCUGCCCACAACAACAGCAGCCGUGCAUCAAAGCCACCUUCUUAUCCCUGAAGGGUCAGCAUAUGGCGUCCUACGGCGAGGUGACUGAGCAGCUGCAAAAGCUGACUCACUCCAUGGACAGCUGCAAAGAGGAAUGGUGCGCCUUCAUCGGUGAGAUGCGCUCCAGCUUUAACUUGCUGAACCACUACACCUCAGAGCAGAUGGUGUACCUGUGCCACUGGAUAUACAAAGUGUGUCAACGGCAGGCGGCAGUUCCUCCACAGUUAUGGCUUUUACUUUUUCCCAUAAUGCCUCAGUGCACUCUAACUGAUGUCAGAGACGCUUACACUAAUGCAGCAAGUAUGAAUUCAAUACAUGAUGAGCUGGAAGAUGAUGAGUUUGACAAUGAAGAUCAAUUGGUGUUCGUUCCUUCUAUGGACUUAACACCAGCUUCACCAGGACACACCGAAGAAGACGAGAAAGAACCACCUGAUUUGAUGGAGUUUUCUUCAGAGGAUGAAGAUGAUGGUGCUGCAGAGGGCUCACUACUCAGACACACUGAUGGCAUGAGGAUGGGCGAUGAGGACAGUCUUGAAAAACUCUGGUGGAAAUUCAAAAAUGACAUGUCUCAGUACCUCAAUGAGUACUUGGACAUCCCGUCUCUGGCCCAAUUCCUCUCAUGCCUUUCUGAAAUGAACCAGCAACACAUGAUCAGGAAUCUUCCAAAGGUUCUCCAGGAGGGGAAGCCCAAUCUUGUGAUUUGUCCCAGUGCAGAGGUUUUUACCACCGUCCUGUCGUUUUACAUGCAGAGUCCAGAGCAGCCUCUGCCAUCUACUGAUGAGGUUCUAGUCUGCAGAGAGGAAACCACAGAGGAGGAGGUGGAGAUCUUUCUCCGCCGAGCUCUCGGUCAAGGCUCCAAACAAAACUGGCAGAAGAUAUACUCUCUUGUCAAUCCAGGACUGCUGGGAUAUGAUGUCAGUGUGGCCUUGGGGGAGCUUUUUGAGGGUUUCGAGAGAAGUGCCAACCCGCAUUAUCGCUUGAUAAUAGUCAGUCCUGUCGUGCACCAGCACAGAUAUGUGCCGUCUUUCUUCAGCAAUAAAAGAGUGCAGGCUGGUGUGAGUCUAACAGAAGAGACUGCCAAGAAAUAUCUACAUCACCAAUUUACACAAAACACGUCGCUACAAAACCCUGUCGCACAGGUUUCUCCAGAUAAGCUCUCAGUCUGGACGGUGUCAUCUGUACGCCCUGCAGUUGGAAAAUCCCUCUGUGUAGAUCGUUUGUUUGAGAAGAUCCAGCAGAAAUCUCCCAGAGCAAAACAUAUCAGGAUCAGACUGAUUGAGCCAUCUGUUGACGUCGACUCCUUGAUUAGGACUCUAACAGAGAAACUGGCCCCCUUGAGAGAGCAGGACCCUGUUCUCCUGCACAUUGACACCGCUGGAGUUCGUUCAGGUCUGGAGGAGCUCCUGUUCCAUCUGUUAGUUCUGGGCUGUUUGAGUGACAGUCAUGGCAUGUUGUGGAGAAGAAAUGUUGCUCAUUUGAUUACUGUUGAGGUCCUGAGAACAUACAAAUCAACCUCUCAAAACCAACCAAACAAGAUGAAGCUUGGACUUCUUGACAUUCUGCCUACCAUCCAUUGUAGACCUCCAAAAGAGGUGAUGCAGUUGUUGACCAGUAGAGGGGUGCUGAAAAAACCGACCUUUGACCCACUCAUGGAUGAGCAGGAGUUUUGCAGUGAGGGAAUGCAAAGACCCUAUCAAUACUUACAGCUCUACAGCCAGAAACAUAAUCUGGAUCGUUUUAAAUACAAGGAAGGAUCCAGAAUGGGGGAUCCCAUUGAUUGUGUCAAACACUUUCUGUCAAACUGUGGAAUGCAAGAUCCAUCUUGGGCAGAGCUGAAGAACUUCUCCUGGUUCCUCAAUGUGCAACUGAAAGACUGUGAGAAUUCAAUUUUCUGUGAUCCAGAUUUUCUGGCUGACCAGCUGCCUGGUUUCAAGGGCUUCAUUGUGAAGUUCAUGAUUCUAAUGGCAAGAGAUUUUGCUUCGCCAUCUCUGAACACAUCUGAUGAAAGUCCCAUGCUGCCCAUUGAUAACAGUCUGGAGGAUGACCUUCUUGCCCGUCUGACAAUUCGCAAGCAUUGGGAAAAUGAGUCUCAUCCAUACAUUUUCUUUAAUGCAGACCGAUCCUCAAUGUCUUUCCUCGGCUUUAAUGUGCAGGAAUGUCAGAGACAAAACACACUCAAUGCAGUUGAUCCUCGAAGUCGCAAUGUCCUGAUAGAAAAUGUGAUGUCACAAAAGCUUUUUCAAGACUUGGAACGGCAAAGGAUCUGUCUCACUGAAGACUUUGAUCAGUUGCCCCGGCCGGACAAAAUCAAAAGGAUUUCAUGCGUUGUCGGUGCAAAGAAAGGAAUGAUGGACAGAGAAUUUGAUCCAGACCCAACAUAUGAACUCACUGCUGACAAUGUGAUGAAGAUGUUGGCCAUACACAUGAGAUUCCGGUGUGGAAUUCCAGUUGUCAUCAUGGGAGAGACUGGCUGUGGUAAAACCAGAUUAGUCCGUUUCCUUUGUGCUCUGCAGAGGGAGGAAAAACCAGUAGAAAACAUGGUACUUGUCAAGGUACAUGGUGGAACUACAGCAGAGAUGAUCUACAGAAAGGUGAAGGAGGCAGAGAUACUUGCUGGAAAGAACCGUAGAAUGCACAAGCUAGACACCAUUUUGUUCUUUGACGAAGGCAACACCACAGAGGCCAUUUUUGCCAUCAAGGAAAUCCUGUGUGACCAAUCAAUGAAAGGGGAACCUCUGAAAGCAGGCAGUGGCUUGAAAAUAAUUGCUGCUUGCAAUCCUUACAGGAAGCACUCACCUGAAAUGGUGAAACGUUUGGAACGUGCUGGUUUGGGAUAUAGAGUGAAGGCAGAUGAAACAGAAGACCGUCUUGGCAAAGUCCCUCUGAGGCAGCUGGUGUACAGAGUUCAUCCACUGCCUCCAAGCAUGGCUUCCUUGGUGUGGGACUUUGGUCAAUUGAGUGAUUCAACUGAACUUUCCUACAUUAAACAGAUUGUCCAGAAGCAAGUCAACGACCAUCAUUUGCCAGUGGUCUGUAAGGACAUCAUUUCAAAUGUGCUGGCAGCCUCCCAGAAAUAUAUGCGAAGUCGGAGAAAUGAGUGCAGUUUUGUGAGUCUCAGAGAUGUGGAGAGGUCUAUGAAAGUGCUAGUUUGGUUUUACCAGCAUAGUGAGGUCCUUUUCAACAACUAUUCUCAUCUCAAUGCAACUGAUACAACCCUGAAGUGCUUGAUUCUUUCAGUUGGGGUCUGCUACUACCCAUCUCUGAUAGCCAAAGAUGAGUACCUCUCUGUAAUUUGUCAGUACUUUCCAGACCCUCUCUGCUUUUCAGCAGCAUUGCAGCAAGAGAUUUCAUCCUGUCAAGACUUCUUCCUUCACAACAUAAAGACAAGGGAGACCAUCGCCAAAAAUGUUGCACUCAAAGAAAAUGUGUUUCUCAUGGUGGUUUGCAUUGAGCUCAGGAUCCCACUGUUUCUGGUUGGCAAGCCGGGCAGCUCUAAGUCUCUUGCUAAAACAGUGGUUGCUGAUGCUAUGCAGGGCCAAAACUCACACUGUGAACUAUUCAAGAAACUCAAGCAAGUUCAUAUGGUCUCCUUCCAGUGCAGUCCUCACUCAAGUCCAGAGGGCAUCAUAGGGAUAUUCAGGAACUGUGCCCGUUUCCAGAAGGACAAAAACAUGGAUGAGUAUGUAUCGGUGGUGGUGCUUGAUGAGAUUGGACUCGCAGAAGAUUCUCCUCAGAUGCCCCUGAAGACCCUUCAUCCUCUUUUGGAAGAUGGUUGCAUUGACAAUGACAAGCCAGAUCCACACAUGAAGGUUGGCUUUGUUGGCAUUUCCAACUGGGCUCUUGACCCAGCAAAGAUGAACAGAGGAAUAUUUGUGUCGAGAUGGGAUCCGAGUAAGGAUGAACUUGUGGAAACUGCCAAGGGAAUUUGUUCAUCCUCCAACCAAAUUCUCCUGCGAAUCAAACACCUGUUUCCAUCUUUGGCAAAGGCCUUCUUGAGCAUCUGUAAUCAGACCACAAAGAAUCAGUUCUUUGGUCUAAGGGAUUAUUAUAGCCUAGUCAAAAUGCUCUUUGCCAUAGUUAAAUCAACAGAACAAGAGCCAGAUGGUAGACAGUUGGUAGAGGCCAUCUUGCGUAACUUCAGUGGACAACCUGAGGGUUUUGACCCUGUCAUAUUCUUCCAAGAGGUUCUUAAAAACUUAAUGGAAAUUCCCAGACCAAGCACCUUGCAAAUGGUGAAAAAGAAUCUUGACUAUGACACCAACCAGGAGAGCCGUUACCUCCUUUUGCUGACCACCAACAAUGCAGCUCUCCAUAUCCUUCAGCAACAAAUCUUUGCCAAAGGAGACUAUCCACCGCCUGAAAUAGUCUUUGGCUCAGGAUUCCCAAAGGACCAGGAAUAUGCGCAAAUCUGUCGCAAUGUUAACCGUGUGAAAACUUGCAUGGAGACAGGGCGUACUGUGAUCCUCCUCAACAUGCAAAAUCUUUACGAAAGCCUGUACGACGCCUUGAACCAGUACUAUGUUUACCUCAGUAAGCAGCAAUACGUUGAUCUUGGUCUUGGUUCACACAGAGUCAAGUGUCGUGUACAUCCAAACUUCAGACUGGUGGUAGUAGAGGACCAGAAGAAGGUCUAUGAGCACUUUCCCACACCCCUCAUCAACAGGCUUGAAAAACACAUUGUCGAUAGGGGUACCGAUCUGGAACCAUGGCAACACAGGGUUCUCCACAAACUGAAGGAGUGGGUGAAGGAAUUCUCAGGUGAGGCCUCAGAACAUUUCAAGCUGUCUGAUAUUUUUGUUGGCCACCAUGGUGAUGCCUGUGCCAGUGCUCUCUUGCAAGCACUAGAAAGGAGAGCACAAAACGUUGAAGACCGUAAAGAUGACUCAAUGGAAGAAGAUGAACCAAAUGAAACACUUGGAUCAAAUUCCAACGAACAGAAAGAUGAGACUGAUAAGGAGGACGAUCAGUUGGUUGAUGCAAUGGACUUAGAGAUUGCUGGAAAAGAGAAAGAAAUUGAGUCAAUGGAAAAGAAUGAUGAUGAAUCCACUGAGGUAUUUGAUGAUGAGAACAAAGUCAUGUCUGAGAGUGAAGAAUUGAUGGAGACAGAAAACGCUGUUGGGUCUCCUGGAGAAAAUGAGGAAGAAGAAGUCUUCAAUUUAGCAAAAUGUCUCUUGUUGAACUGUGCCACCCCCGACGCUGUUGUGAGGCUCAAAUAUUCAGAUUUAGCAAACGAUGAGAAGGAGAAACUCCAGAGAUUGUAUUUCCAGCAACAGCAUCAUCACUGCCUCCGAGAUUUCCUGCAAGAUUGCCUGACCAAGCAUCGGGGGUCCAGCAAGUUUCUAGAGAUAACUACAUUCUCCAGCUUGCUAACCAGAUCAGAUGUCAGGGAUGUAGCCCGCACUUUAGGACUGCAUGCGGACAGGAUCCUACUGCUCUCACUCCACCAGUUUGACACUGAGGUCUCCUUCUGCAACAAUAUACGGGGCUUCGUUAAAGAUGCUUGCGACUCUCCUUACAUCCUGUUAAUCCAGAUGGACCUCGAGGAAUCCCAAUGCAGCGAUGAACUCAUAGCAUCAGCAAAAUAUUGCACCAUGAAUUACUUGAUGUCACUGGAGUAUCAGACCUGUUGGGUGAUUUUCAUUGUGAAGGUUUCGAGGAUCCCAAGUAGAUCUCAGUACAUUGGUUUCCAAGGAGGAGUCUGGAACUCGGUGCAUAUUGAUGACUUGAGGGAUUCAGACGACAUGAGCCUAAACCUGUUGGUUUUCUGUGGAACUCUCAUUAGCAGCCUACUCAACCCUGCACUGUCAGAACACCAUGAAGAUGAAGAAACGAUGACGAAAAAAAAAGAUCAGGGAGAUAGAGCCCACCUCCACAGCCUAUCCUUAGUAAGAUCAUGUAUCCAAAAAGCUGUUGGUUUGCUGAGGGACCCCGAUGGCAUGACAUCACGAAGCAUGGAGCGGAUGCACAUCCUUCUGACUCUUCUGAGAACUGGUCAAGCACAAAUAGGAGCUCACUUUCAGGAGGUCAUGUUGAGUAGACUGGCGGAGGCUUCUGCUCAGAGAGAAAAAAUGAUGGGCUCUCCAAAGGAGUGGGUGAGCAGAGAAGCCAAGAAACUCCCGGCUCUGCAGGAGGGGGGAACUCUGAGACAUACCCUGUGGCGCUAUCUGCAGUCCACCGUGACUCCGAUCUUGGCCAACAUGUUGGAAGUUAUGGACAGGAAUGCGAAUCUGGACCUGCUCUCUGAUGACAGGCUCAGCCAGGGCCUGAUAACACUGUGGUUGGACAUCCUGGCAGAUUCACAGAUUUUAGUCCUAACACCUCUCCAAAACCCAAGUGAGUCCGACCAGGAGGUGCCUGUGCAUUAUUACUUCAUGUUGGAUGGUGAAGAACAUCCCUGCGCUGCCCCGUUCAGCUGGCUCAUCAGCAUGCACCUUAAAAGCCUGUGGGAAGAAUCUGAAUUCAUGCCAGUAACAAGAGAGGAUGGCACAGGGAGGAUUCUCCAGUUUGUGAGCACCUUCACCAACAGCAGGCUCGGCAGCCACUUACUGAAACUCUCCGACGAAGAAAGAUCGGAGCAUGGUCACCACUUUCUACAAGACUUUCUGCUGCUCUCUAAGAAGAUCAAGUCUACGGACGAGCUUAGGGUUUUCACCAGGGCCAUGUUGGGCUGUGUGUCUGAGCUUCAGACGUCCAUGGGUGUCGUCCCUGAGCUCUCUCCUGCUUGGAUAAUGGCUGCUUCCAAACAUUUUGCAUCAAGACUGGACACUCUCUGCCACAUAAUUCUACUGCAGCCUCAGCUAGCCACCGAUGUCUUUCAGCAGGGGUCAAAGCCCCAAGAAAUGGUGGAGGAUAUUCUAGCUCUUGGUAUCUGUGUUGAGCAGACCAAACUACUGACUGUGGCGUCGCUGCAAGAGUGCGAGUCCUUUGUGAGCCGAGUGGAGUUUCUGCAGCCGUGUCUGGACAGAGCGUUAGGUCAGAAAUACAGAACCCUCUGUAGCCCCGGCUGUCUGCAACAUCUGGACUCCAUCCGGUCACUGUGGCAAGGGAUGCUGGUUGUUGCAUCUUUCAUCCAGCACAUCAUUUUUGGAGUUAAGAAGAAUGACUCAAGAGUGAAAGAACUGGCUCUCAAACACUGCAACCUUCACCUGAAGUUGAUGCAGGAGUCACCCAACGUUAAGAGCUUGUCCACACUGCAGCAGCUGAUCCGGAUCCUCAACUCUUUUCAUGAUGAGUACAUCAGCAGAGAUCUGAGGUUUGGGAUUUCUUGCCCUGUUUGCCUGUCGGAGCUCACAGAGCCGGUCCUCCUGCCCUGCCAGCACGUCUUCUGUUCGGCCUGUCUGCAAUGCUCCAUUCAGCAACACACACGUUGUCCUAAAUGCCGGACAGACCUGCCACCCGACUUCCAGCCCGCUGUUUCUCUCAACAUCAAGGCAGCACUUCAGCAGCAAGCAGCGAUCAGGAACUGCUGUAACUCCUUCUUCCUGGAGGUGGUGUCCAGGUUCUGUCUAUCAGAGGGGCAGAGGCCCGGAGAGGAAGUGGUGGAGCUGCUCUUCUCAUUACUCGUCUCCGCUAGCGGCAACAUAUACAGGACCAGAGCGCUCACUCCCUUCCUGGAGUGUGUGGAUAACAGUCCAGUGGUGCGAUCUGUGCUGCCCAAACUGCUGCUGCAGUACAGCUUCGAGCAGGUAAAGGCUCACAUUCAGACCUACCUGAAGAAUCUGGAGGAGAAUCUUCUCAACAGAGAAGACCGCACUGAACUCUACCUGCUGUUUGUCAACUGCUUCCAGGACUCUCUGUUGUGCUCAGAAGCGAGAGCAGUGGAACAGAGCGCAGAACAGAAAACACAAGCAGAGAUCAGCUUCCUGAGCAGCAUGGCCAAGAAACAGACUGCAGACAGACAACAGGACCCUGCAGAGUUCCUGCUCAACAUAGCCAGGCUGAGAAUAAACCUGAGCACUGCUGCCGGGCUGCUGGAGGAAGCUGCACGUCAAGGCAGACCUAAAGACGUGGACGCUCAGUUCCUGCGGCAGGUGAAGGCGGUGUGUGAGGACUGUGGUAAUGACUGGCACAGGGUUUACCUGCUUCGAGCCCUGAACAGACUCUCUGGUAGGGACUGCAUACUGUCCCUGAUGAACAACCCGGCCUGGAGAUGGGUCUUCCCUGCAGAUCUCAUUCGACGUCAGAGGAUAAAUCCAACUAACAUGGACCAGUUCCUCUGCUGUGGGGCGCUGUACCGAGCCACGAGAGAGGCUGUGGACGACGUCCUGCUUGAAAACAGAUCUGAAACCUUCCUGACACAAAUACAGAAGCUGAGAGAUUCUCAGAUGAGCCUGCUGGCUCUGGCCUUGUUCAGACAGGUCACCUGCCGCUACAAAGCCCCCGAUGUCGACAUGCUUCCCUCCCCGCAGGACAUGGCAAGACUGGAAGAGCUCCUGAAAAAUGUAAAGUCAAAGGAGUUCAGGGAGUUCUGCACUGCGCUUCUGUCCAAUCGGAUUGGUGGACCGGGCUCAAGUCUCCGCAUCAACAGCGAUCUUUUGCCUCAGAGACAAACCCUCCUGGAGCUGCUGGUCCACCUGGACUCUGUGAUCCUCAGUGGAAAUGCUCUGAUGGUUCCUCUUCAUCAGAUAGCCUCCCAGCCUCAGAAUGUUACAAACUCCUUUCUGCCAACAAUGCCCGAUGAUCACAUGAGUGAAGUCAGACAGUGGUUUUCUAACGACCCGAAAUCAAAGCUGUACUCUUGCGCCAACGGACAUCCGUGCGUUGUGACAGAGUGUGGCAGACCAGUGGUUGUAGCAAAAUGUCCAGUGUGUGGAGUCCCAAUUGGUGGAGAGAGGCACAACCCAGUACAGGGAUUUACUCCAAGACAAAGUGUCACAGAUCAAACUCGCACAGGACACAUAUUAGGAGAGGCUCGUCGGAGGUCUGAAGCCCCUGAAAGACAGAUGACUUAUGCUCAGUCCUGCAUCCUGCGGCUGCUCACACACCUUGCCAUGCUUCAAGGCGCUCUAAGAAAUGACAGAGGAGUUGGUAACAUGAUUCAUCCCAGACCACAUGAUGUUUUCAACUUCCUGUGGAAGCACCUUGAAAAGGACAUGCGUGUGUUGGGACAGACGCUGGAUCAGAACAUGGACAACACAGCCGUGACGGUUCAUCUGAUCCUCAAUACCUGCACAGAACUAGGUUCCCGCCGAGCAACACAGGAUCUGUCCUCCAAACAAAGACGGCAAGAGUGGGAGAAGCUCGUCUGUGAUUCUGCCAUCAACCCAGUGCUUCAAGCGUUGCACAAGAAUCUGGCUGAAGCUCAGGACAGGAUCAGUGCUGAUGAUACACUCGCUGGAAGUCCCCUGAUGAAUCUCCUCUUCAGGGACCCCGGGACCAUGUUGUCCCUCCCCUCCGACUGCCCGACACAUCGCUCCUCCUUCUGGACUCUCCCUGAGACGCUGACAGUGGAGCGCUUCUCUCAGCUGGUGGGAGAAGCGCAGGGACGCAGCUCCUUACCCCUGCUGAGCCUGUUCCUCAAGAAGAGACACUGUGUGAGGCAGUUGCAUCACCUGCCUGAGCUGGCUGCUCUACAGUCAGACCUGCUGAGGGUGUUUCCUCUGACGUCAGACUCCACAGCUCACACUAUUGCACAGAUGUUGCAGCAGAUACCAGCAGGACACCAGAAGAAGAUGCUGCAUGAGCGAGUGGAGAGAUUCAUCAAGGUGUGGAACUGCCUCAGAACAGAGGUGGCAAACAACGACUUGGGUGUGGAUGGGAACUUGUAUGAGAAGGAGGUGACGACCGAGAGCUCUGGGGAGUUUCUGACUCCGUGCCGACAUGGACCGGGGUCGUGUCUCCGAACACUGGUAGACUUCCUGUCGGAGACUCACAACAGCCUGGUGAGAGUGAGCCACCAAGAGGACAGUGAAUACAGUGUUCCUUUAGAGAGCGUAUCAGAAACCCAGCUGACCCUGUGCAGCCCAGAAAGAGAGCUGCUACCUCUGGCUUUAUCACACUGCCACUACACCCUGAAGAAAGGUGGGGAGACGGACAGCAAGUACGACCUGCCAGGCAUCCAAACCCAGCUGGCCCGCCGCUACCUGGCUGGAAAACCACUUAUCCAAGCGGACACCUCAAGGUACUUGAACAGACACCUGCAGGACUUCUCUGUGGUUCUAACCGAGGUCAGAGGCAAGAUUCAUCAGGAACCGCUGAAGGGUUCGGUGAGCAGCGCCAUGAGAACGGUGCUGCGUUCAUACACAGAUGUUUGUGAUGCUAUGUUCGUGGUGGACAUCGGCCUUCGCUUUCUUGGCAAGACAGGCGGGGAUCCACACAGUCAACUGUUGUCCUACCUCACUGAUUCACUGCAGAUGGAACGGCAGAUUUCCAGCGUUGUAGCCAAGGGCCUUGGAGACAACAAACUUGAACACAGCAUAUCCACCUGGCAGCUCCUGACUUCUUGGAAAUCUGAGCUUAUGCUAAACAGAAAGCAAGACCCGUUUCAGAAGCUCCCCUCUAAGUUCCAGGAGAAGCUCUCUGAGGAGCAGAGGAAAGGGCUGAAGGUUUUCCUUGCUGUCACAGACGUUGAAACUUUCUCUUUGGAGCUGCAUGAAAUUCUGCUACUGAAGACCAACAACAACGUGCCUGACCAAGGAUACCAACCUCAUUGGGACCUCAGGUCCACCUUAGAGGUCCAUUUGGAGCAGAAAGACCUUCCAGUUCUCCUGAGGCUCGAGUCUUUACCAGAGGACAUCACACUGGGACAAGGGGCUGACGUGUGGAGGGCUGCUGUAGAGUUCAAAAGAAGAUAAAUGAUUUCUACAGACUUGUUUUUGAUCUUUUUCUUUUAUGUGAUGACUUUGUAUUCUUAUAUUACCAAUGGGAUAUCUGGAUUUAGAUUGAAUAUCUAUGAUUAAUGAUAGGGCAUGUUCUUAUAAGCCUAAAUAUGUCUGUAUAUUUUUUAUGAUGUCUAAAAGUGACAAAAUUGUUCAGUAAAUGCAUUUAAAGUUGGCCUAUUAUUUAAUUCAUUAUGUUAUGUUCAAUGUGUUAAUGAGGAGUCAGGGAACAAUACAAAAAUCUGAAUUUUG